AUGGUAAUAAAAGCUUCUACUAAACUACGUGAUUAUCAAACAAGAUUUAAAAUUCUAGAAGAAUUUUCAUCAAAAUCACGCAAUGAUCCUUCUAUUCAAACAUCAUCAAUACAUUUUUACAUGCAAUUUCAUAAAAUUGAUCAUGCUCAUAAUUUAUUUUUGAAAACUAUUAACAAAUCAGAUGCAUUGUAUGCAGUUAUGUUUCAAGGUCUAAUUACUAAUAAAGUACCAGAGAAAGUAUUGGAUUUAUUUAAUCAUAUGAAAAUUCAACCUGGUCGUUUUACAAUCACUGCUUUAUUUAAUGCCUGUGCACAACUUUCAAAUGAUAGAGCAAAAACUAUUGGCAAAAAGAUUCUUCAACAGCUAAUGAACAAUAAUCAUUCUGAUAAUAUUCAAUUAAAUUCAGCGAUAUUUUUAUGUUGA